AUGGCAGGAGGUAAUGCGAAACGAACCCGCCUCAGCCCAGAAGAGUUAUGGAGACCCCUAAAUCCCGGAUUCCUGAAAGUUAACAUCGAUGGAGCGUUUCAACCGGGCGGUACUGAAGGGACUAUGGCCUGCAUUUGUCGUGAUCACAAUGGGAAGUUCAUCGAUGGGCUUACCAGAAGUUUUGUAGCUUCGUCUACCCUGCAAGCGGAAUUUCAAGCGCUCACGAUCACCCUACGCUACCUGCUGGAGAAGAACAAGGGGACUGAUCUGCUUGAACUCGAAUCAAAUUCAAAAACCCUGAUCGACUUGGUGACAGGCUUACUCGAUUCACCAUGGGAGGUUAGAUCACUCUGUGCUGAAGCUGUUGCUCUUCUACGCGACUUUUGCAAUUUGCAAAUUAGGUUUUGUCGAAGAGGGGCGAACUUUGGGGCGGAUUGGGCUGCAAAGGCCCAUAAAACCGGUACUCUUCCCCUUAGCUGGCCCACCUCGCCUCCUACUGCUUUAUUAGAUAUCCUUUAUGCGGAUGCUUUGGCUGCCAAUUGUAAUAUUAACUCUUCCUGA